AUGACCAUGGCAGCAUCUCAAAAUGAGGCAGAAUAUUUAGCAACUGAGAUACUUACCAACUCAAAACCAGUGACCUAUCACAAGUUUUCCCGUCAAUUAAACAUACCAAUUUCAAGGGCCAAAACUACACUACUCGAAUAUUAUGAAAAGAAUAAAGAGUCAUUGACAGCAACUUUUAUCAUUACAGGGAGUACACAAACAGGGAAACUAAUCAAGCUUUCAAAUGAAGAGGAUUUGGAUUCAGAUAUAAAGAAAUUCGAUACUGUUAAUUGUAUACAUAUUUACUGUGUGUUUAAGAAACUGUCUCAAUUCACAUCAACAGAAAUAGCAAGAGAAGAGUUGAAGUUCCCUAGCACUUUUGACAAUGUUUCUGACUAUGAAAAGAAUGGUAUGAUUAAAGGUCCAAAAUUAGAAGCCAUCAUUCAAGAAAGUUCUACAACAUUCGCAGUUUCAAAAUCCUCAUCUCCAUUGGCACUGAAGAAAUCAGCACCAAAAACAGAACCAAAGAAAGAAUCAUCAAUAAGUUCUGAUCUCACAUCAUCAUACGUUUCACGGAAACAGAAUAACAAUCAAAACAAACUUCCAUUAAAGGGAAUGACAUCUGGUUAUGUUUCACGUAAAAAGGAGUCUACUUUACCAGCCAAGAGAGCACAGACAGAACCACUGAAACCAUCAAUGGUAUAUAAAUCUAGAAAAUUAGAAGCCAAGUCUCCAAAAGAAAGAAUAAUUGUUUCGAAUGAUGAUGAUGGUAUAGAUAAUGAAGAUGACGAGCCAGUGAAAGCUUCCAAAGCUACAAAUACUUCUGAUCUUCAAAGAAUGUUUGAUGAUGAUGACUUUACUUUUAGUGAUGAUAACGAGGAGACUCCAAAGGAACAAACUGAAGAAUUAAAGUCUGAAAUAGGGGGUGAUUCAAUAGUGGAAGUAGAUCCUCCGAAGGAGGUAAAUCUGGUGAAAGAGCAAACUGAAGAACCAAAUCUUUUUGUACCAGAGGAAGUUGAAGAAAAUGAAACACAAGAGCCAGCUGCAAAUGUCCAGGAAGAAGAGGCACAAUUAUUUGUUCAAGAAGAGGAUGACGAUGGUUAUAUUGUUACGAGAAAGGCGAAACCAGUAACCAAACCACCUAAGGCCAAUAAACCUGUUCAUAAUACAGCUCCUUCUAAAAUUAAUAAACCAGUUACCGGUGCUAAGAAGGAUGGAAAAAAGAGACAGGCUUCAUUAAUGGAUUUCUUUGGUAAAAAGAAGUAA